UGUCACGCCAAUCACGCUUUCCUAUGGUCCCUGACAUCACCUUGGCGUCGACCAAUCGUGCAUCGCGGAGCGCGCUUAGGUCGUUUCGGGAACGCGCCAAUCGCGCGCAACCCCACCCAUCGCGCCGUGACAAAUGCAACUUUUACUUCCGGUUGCGUACACGGCCAUCACGCUUGGUCUCGUUGGUCUCUCCCUCGCAGUGUCCUCGCUCCGUUCAAGUGUCGGUCGCCGCAUCAUUCUACGCGCUGUCCUACGACCGCCACCUGCGCUCCGCAGUUCUAUAUCAUCCGACGGAUCUCUUUUGUUUGUCGUAUGUCCAUCCAGAAUCUCAACACAUUCGACCCCUUUGCAGAUGCAAUCAAGGGUUCAGACGAUGACGUCCAGGACGGCCUCGUGCAUAUAAGGAUCCAACAGCGGAAUGGUCGCAAGACCUUAACAACGGUGCAGGGACUCUCCUCGGAAUAUGACUUGAAGAAAAUCGUGAGAGCAUGUAAAAAGGAGUUUGCCUGCAAUGGGACAGUAAUAGAACACCCGGAGUACGGGGAGGUACUGCAAUUGCAGGGGGACCAGCGAGAGAAUAUAUGUCAGUGGUUGACGAAGUCAGGUCUAGCAAAACCUGACCAGCUGAAGGUCCAUGGUUUUUAAUCGACCAACAGCAACAACAACAAUCAUCCAUGCCACAAUCUACAACAGCUCGGCCCGUCAUCAGUGCUUCGUUAUCUUCUGAAAUUAAAUCUGUAUAUCAGUCGCUAAACUCCUCGUGGGACAUCCCGAUUAUACUCUACAACGUCUGCAUAUAAAUAUAUAUAUAUAAAUAUAUAUAUAUAUAUACACCUAUAUAUACACACAACACGCGCGCGCAUAUAUAUUUCAAUAAUAAAAAAAAGAAAGAAGACAAACGUAACCGAGAGGGGAGUAAACAAUAGAGGAUUAAAAACGAUUAAAAGCGGAAGGAAGGGGAGGAGAUAUAGUGAAUGAAGGGAGGAUAUAGGCGAACCGGCGUAUAGGCAAUAUAUCUACUGUAAUCAGAAUCUUCUUGAGAUAAAAGCAAUACGUCACACGUAAGCCUUAUGUUAGGUGAUAGCGGCCGCUGAGGUAGGGAGCCUCUUGCUCCAUAUUAACGGGCAAGGGCGCACUUGGUACUGAUAAUCAUCAUCAUCAUCGAGGAGGAGGAGGAGGAGGAGGCAUAAAUGAACGAACGGUAAUUAGCAGCGCCGGAUGGAUGUUCGUUCUUGCGUUAGGUAGUAUGUACCUGGGUGCGAUAGACGUGUUCCGAGAAGGCAGCAAAGCGUAACCGUAGGUUCACGGAUUGAUUCGAUUCUCUCUCCUUCUCGUGUCCACAAACACUGUAUAUCCGUCUUCUCUAUUUUGUAGCAAAAAGAAACAAUGAACUUUUUUUAUGUUUAUAUCGAAAAUGAGGAAAAUCAUUUUGCGUUCGAUUGUUUUCGAUUACUUUUCACGUGACGAUUUGUUGAAUAUUUCGAUUCGAGUGUUUUAGAGAAGAGAUUCCGCAUUCGCCCCCGUGCCUCGUCUCCGCUCUUUUUCUUUUUUUUGCUUUUUCCCCCUCUUCCCUUUUUUUUAAAGACAGUAAUUGCUAAUCGACGAAUUGUUUUGAGAUAAUAAUAAUGAGAGUUAAUGAAAAUGUGGCUGUUCUAUCUAGAUAAAUAAAUACGUAAAAUGAA